AUGCUUCUCGCAAUAGAAGGUUUGCUUCUCCGUAACGUGCGGCUCAGCUUCUUCUCAAACGCUAGCAGCAUGUCUUUGAAAACGACAGGAGGAAGAGCUUUUUUGCUGUGGACUUUCGAAGCGCGCCAAAUCACUUUCCGUGCGCGCCGAAGCGAAGUUUUCCCCUUUCAUCCCCAAAGUCUCUUCUUCGUUUCCGUCCAGGGGACGAAGAAGAGCACCUGGUCCAUCUACUUGGAAGUGCGCUGCGGCUUCGACAAGGAGGUUCUUUAUGGGAGUUGCACCAAGCCUCGAAAGGAGUGGUACGACCGGGAAGUACGACUAACGGAUAGGCAACCCCUUACUAAAAAAGCUUUGUGA